GAUUUGUCUUUUCAUCACUUGUGGUAAAAUAUCAAGGAUUGUUGGAAUCAUGAGGGUUUAUUUGUAAUUUUGUUUUGAGGAAGGGUUUAUUUGUAAUUACAGAGACAAUGGGUUCGCGUCUUUGUGCAUUUUCGGUGAUGGGUUUUAAGAAAGAUCUAUCCUUUUGCUCUCUGUGUAGGUGAAUUGGGGUUAGAGAUUUGAUUGAAAAAUGGGGAAGAAGGAGGAGAGAGCUAGAGCAGAGAAGUUGUCUGUUUACCUUUAUGUACCUAACAUUGUUGGGUACAUGAGAGUUCUGUUGAACUGUGUUGCCUUUGCUGUCUGUUUCUCCAACAAAACACUCUUCUCCCUCCUUUAUUUCUUCAGCUUUUGUUGUGAUGCUGUGGAUGGCUGGUGCGCUCGUAGAUUUAACCAAGUUUCAACUUUUGGAGCUGUUCUCGACAUGGUCACAGAUAGAGUUAGCACAGCGUGUCUACUCGUGGUUCUAUCUCAAGUCUACAGGCCUAGCUUGGUCUUCCUUUCAUUGCUUGCUUUGGAUAUUGCUAGUCAUUGGCUGCAGAUGUACAGUACGUUUCUAGCAGGGAAGAGCAGCCAUAAGGAUGUGGAAGACAGCACAAGCUGGCUUUUUAGACUCUACUAUGGAAACCGGAUCUUUAUGUGUUAUUGCUGUGUUUCUUGCGAGGUUCUGUAUAUCAUUCUCCUUCUCAUUGCAAAGAACCAAACCGAAAAUCUCCUGAAUGUCGUAGUCGCCACUUUAACUCAGAUAUCACCACUCUCUUUUCUACUUGCUUUGACAUUGUUCGGUUGGUCGAUGAAACAGACCGUCAAUAUCAUUCAGAUGAAAACAGCUUCAGAUGUCUGUGUACUGUAUGAUAUAGAGAAGCACCACAAGAAGCCUUAGAUCUUCCUUCCUUUUUUUUAUUUUUUUCUGAACCUGCAACUCUGUGUAGAAGACACAUAACCCCCUUUGUAUUUUUAAAUGAAAUGAAAAGGAUAUUGAUUUUGCCUUC